UCAAGCAGAAGACGGCAUACGAUACGCAGAAUGAUGAUUCGAGAUAAACUUUUCAUGGAGCAUAUAACGGACAUGAUGUCGAUGGGACAAGUGUCUGACAUUUUAAAAGACGGCCUAGAGAUUACCCAUGUCAAGAUAACUCCGGACUUCAAACACGUCAAUGUGUACUACAUACCUAAUAACGACUCACUUGUCCUCCAGGAAGCGUUGCAUAAGUGCGCCGGAAUUAUUCGGCACGAGCUGUCGCAGCUGCGUGUCAUAGGUGUAGUGCCGCCUAUCCAGUUCGUUCAAAACAAGCAGCACUUUACAGAGAAGGAAGUCGAGAAGAGAUUGGCGAUGAUAAAUUUCGAGGAAGAGAGUGAAACCCUGGGCGAACAAGAGCAAUUGGAUAUUUCAAUUGCAAAUGCCGAUUCCAAGACGGGUGAAUUUUAUAUCAAAUUGCCAGUAAUGAGACACGACGUA